CCAUUGAACAGUGAACAUUUAAUUGGAAUUAUUAGAGCAACAUGAGCCAGGGAUACACGCCAGCGCAGACCUACCAGCCCGGACCACCCCAUGUGGUCAUCCAAACGACAACCACAACGAAUGUGGUGCCCAUUGGCAGCGAUCCGUCGCGUGUCCAGUGCCCCUCCUGCCAUGCCGACAUCCUGACCAAUGUGAAACGCACGCCCACGGGACGCACCCACUGCUGGGCCCUGAUCUUGUGCCUGUUCCUCUGCUGGCCUUGUGUUUGUGUGCCCUAUUGCAUGGACUCCUGCCAGAACGCUGAGCACUCCUGCCCCAAUUGCGGCGCCUACAUUGGCACCUACGAGAACUAACCUAGGACCUACAUUUAAGAACGAUUUUUGUAUUUAAAAAUAAGCUAAAGUCUCAAAUUAAAGCACUACGAUCACGACUGAAUCUAUAGAAUG